CUGCGCCUCGGCACGAUGGAGGCCGGCGUGGCGGCGGGCGCGGAGCCGGCGGCGGGCACGGAACCGGCGGCGAGCGAGGCGGAGGCGGGGACAGAGCCGGCGGUGGUGGCGGAGGCGCUGCGGCUGCUGCGGAUCGAGCCCUCGGCGGCGGGCGAACCCAGCCCGGGGCGGGCGGGCGACGCGGCGGAGCCGGGCUCGAGGAACGCGCUGCGGAAGCGGCGGCGCUGGCAACGCGUUCUCGCCGCCCGGCGCGGGAAGCGGCGGCAGGAGCGGCAGCGCCGCCGGGCGCGGCGGGCAGCGGGGGACGGCAACGGGGACGGCCCGGCAGCGGCGCUCGGCAGCGGCCCCGGCGGGCCCGGACCGCCGUCCCUCCGCCGCGGGAGGGUCCCGGCCGCCCUGGCCACGGAGCGGCUGCUGCAGGCGCGGGCGGCGGGGCCGCGGCUCUGCGUGGACCUCGGCGUGGGCGGCGGCAUGAGCGAGAAGGAGAGCGGCCGCCUGGCCUCGCAGAUCCGGCGGCUCUACGGCGCGAACCGCCGCGCCGCCCGGCCCUUCUGGCUGUGCCUGACCGGCUUCGCGGCCGGCACCCCCAUCUACGAGCAGUGCUUCCGCAUGAACGACGGCUUCGAGCGGUACCUGAUGGAUACAACUCCAGAGAGUUACCUGGACCUGUUUCCUUUGGAGGCCAUUGUUUAUCUCACUCCUGACUCUGAGAAUGUGCUGCAGGACAUCGACCCGAGCAAGGUGUACGUGCUGGGAGGGCUGGUGGAUGAGAGCAUUCACAAGCAGCUGACCCUGCGGAGGGCGCGGGAGCAGCGCCUGCAGACUGCCCGGCUGCCCAUCCGAGAGUACAUGGUGAGAGCCCCCAACUCCAGGAACUACCACUGCGAGACUCUGGCCAUCAACCAGGUGUUUGAUGUCCUGUGCACCUUCUACGAGACGCGGAGCUGGCCAGCAGCCCUGAGGGCCGGCGUUUCCUCGGGCAAGGGCUACGUGCUCCCGGACACGGCGGAUCAGGUGGAGACACCCCGGAGCGCCACUGCUGCCCAAGGAAACGCUUUAUUUCGCGAAGAGGAGCUGCACAGGCAGGGAGCACCAGCGUGACCGUGCACGGCAGACGGCUGUUUGCAGCAGGAGCAACACCUUCUACCUCAGGACUGCGGUGCUGGACAUCGCCGUGCCCCCCAGCAGGAAGGAAAGCCUGGGAUCAGGUGAAAACUGAUAGGAAUUCAGUUCUUUGCAGCUGUUUGUUUGUGACUCCUUCACCUGCGCUUGUUCUGAGGGUGGGGAGGAGAGCUUUAGGGUGUUUUCUGCAUUUUAUUGAAACAGAGGAAUGUGCAGUUGGGGUUGCAAAGCUUUUGGGCAAGGGAGAGGCCCUGCCAUGGGACAGGAGAGUGCUGCCCCUGCAGGAGAAGGUGGGAUUGGGGAGCAGCUCCCAAGGGCACUGUGGCCCAGCAGCUUAAACCCACGGACACUUGGUGGGUUGCCGAAGCCUUUGGCUAUCUACUAUAAAAUAAAAGGUUUAGAUCCCCAUUG